AUGUCUGUGUACACCUGCACAGUAAGUGCUGACCUGAAACAGAAUCCUGGCCCUUAUCAGAAGUCUGUGUUUGACGGCAUGGAACUGCUCAUUUAUGGUCGUCCAGUGUAUGUCACCCUGAUAGCUAGAAGAUCAAGUAAAUUUGCUGGAACACGUUUUUUAAAGAGAGGAGCAAAUUGUGAGGGAGAUGUAGCUAAUGAAGUAGAAACUGAACAAAUACUCUGUGAUGCUUCAGUGUUGUCAUUUUCAGCCGGGAGCUAUUCAUCUUAUGUCCAAGUGCGAGGUUCUGUUCCUCUGUAUUGGUCUCAAGAUAUUUCAACUAUGAUGCCUAAACCACCAAUUACAUUGGACCAGGCAGAUCCAUUUUCACGUGUCGCUGCACUUCAUUUUGAUCAGAUGCUUCAGAGAUUUGGCUCCCCCAUCAUUAUCUUGAAUCUUGUAAAGGAGCGUGAAAAAAGAAAGCAUGAAAGGAUAUUGAGUGAAGAACUUGUUACUGCUGUGACCUACCUCAAUCAAUUUUUACCUCCUGAACAUGCUAUUGUCUAUAUUCCUUGGGACAUGGCCAAAUACACAAAGAGCAAACUCUGUAACGUCCUUGAUAGGCUGAAUGUGAUAGCAGAGAAUGUGGUGAAGAAAACUGGAUUCUUUGUAAAUCGUCCUGAUUCUUAUUGCAGUGUCUUACGCCCAGAUGAAAAGUGGAAUGAGUUGGGAGGAUGUGUGAACCACACUGGCCGCUUACAGACUGGAGUUCUUCGAACCAAUUGUGUUGACUGCUUGGACCGCACAAACACAGCCCAGUUUAUGGUUGGGAAGUGUGCUUUGGCCUAUCAGCUUUAUUCCUUAGGUUUGAUUGACAAACCCAAUCUGCAGUUUGACACAGAUGCUGUUAGACUGUUUGAAGAGCUGUAUGAGGAUCAUGGUGAUACACUUUCUCUCCAAUAUGGUGGUUCUCAACUUGUUCAUCGGGUAAAAACCUAUAGAAAGAUAGCACCUUGGACCCAGCAUUCUAAAGAUAUUAUGCAAACUCUUUCAAGAUACUACAGCAAUGCUUUUUCAGAUGCUGACAGGCAAGAUUCAAUUAAUCUGUUUCUGGGGGUAUUUCAGCCUGAAGAAGGGAAACCUCAUCUCUGGGAGCUACCUACUGAUUUUUAUUUGCAUCAAAAGGAUACAGUUAAUCUUGUCCAAGCAAGACGAAGCUACACUUACUGGUGGACUCCAGGUGUAUUAAAACACUUGCCACUGCCUUAUGAUGAAGUGACAUGUGCUGAAAACAGAAGGAAGCUAAUGGUGAAAAAAUUUCAUAAAUCUGAUGAAGAAAUUGAUAUUCAUAAUGAAUUUUUUCGACCUUAUGAACUCAGCAGUUUUGAUGACACCUUUUGCUUGGCAAUGACAAAUUCUAUACGAGAUUUUAUGCCCAAGAAUGUUGGCAUUGAUCCUAGCCCAUUUACUGUACGUAAACCUGAUGAAACUGGAAAAUCUGUGUUGGGGUCCAUGGUGGAAUCUGUGGAGGCAUGGGUUCACACAGCCUUGUAAUUCUCUAUGCCCCUUUGCGGAAGG